AUGGACGAUUUUCCAAUCAUAUUCCUCCUGUCGGCUCAUUUGGAGUCUGAAGAGCUCCAGGAACUCGAAGCGCAAAUCCCCACUCUUACAUAUGAUAUUAAUGAGGCUGAACUUAUUGUCGGCAAAGUCCUUCGAAAACAGCGUAUCCAGUUCGAGCUGCGGAAACACAACAUCGUGACCGAGGAUGUUAAUAUCGCCGACUCGCCAGCGCCUCCAAGUCCCAAACGGGCGCGGAUUGUGGCACCUGCUGAGCGCAGCUCAUCCCCCGAUUCUGAUACGGCAUCCGACGGAGAGAUGCACGGCCACACAGAAACAGCAGCAGGGACAAAAACCAUCCGGGUGGUGAAGCUCGACUGGCUUACCGAGUCUGUGAAGCUAGGCAGAGCGCUCCCUGUACGUGACUAUAUUGUCUACGAAGGCCGCAAGGUCUCAGCGACGCCCAUGAAACCUCCGCCAGCUCCUCCUACGAAGACGGCGCUUUCCGUGAGGAGCGCCCUGGCGAAAGCAGACACUCCUUCUGACAGAUGGCGGCCUGGGUCGUCUUACGGGCCAGGGAGAAGACCCAACCAGUUUGGACAUGGUUACCACCAUCGCCCCGACAGGCCACCGCCAUUGAUCAGGCAGACUACGUCGGAAAAUGAGGUUUAUAUUCACCUCCCGCCCAUCCCGGAACAUCUUCACGCGACGUACUCGUGUCAGCGUCCUACCCCGGUCAACCCGCCCAACGAGGUGUUCAUCCAGCAGCUUCUAAAAAUCAGAACCGGCAGAACUCUGAUAGCAGAUAAAAUAGGCGUCAGAGCCUACUCGAGCGCCAUCGCUACCCUCGCCGCAUAUCCAUACACCCUAACCGGCGCAAAAGAGGUGGAAAGACUCCCAGGCUGUGGCUCCAAAAUUGCACAGCUCUACCAAGAGUUCCAGGACAGCCACGAGCUUAACGAGGUCAAAGAGUACGAGACAGACCCUAAGCUUAAAGUGUUGAGGCUGUUUUAUGAAAUAUGGGGUGUUGCCGAGACCACUGCGCGAGAAUUCUACAACAAGGGCUGGCGAGACCUGGACGACAUUGUCGAGCACGGCUGGGAUACCCUGACGAGGGUGCAACAGAUCGGCGUCAAGUUCUAUGACGAGUUUCAGCUCAAGAUACCGCGCGCCGAGGUGGAGUCGAUCGGCGACACGAUCCUCAAGCACGCGAGAAAGAUCGACAAGGGAUUCCAGAUGGUCAUCGUCGGGGGCUACAGGAGGGGAAAGCUCGAGAGCGGCGAUGUCGACAUGGUUCUGAGCCACCCCGAGGAAUCGGCAACCAACGGCUUUGUCGAGAGCAUCGUGGUCAGCCUGGAGAGGGGCGGGCACAUCACGCAUACGCUCACGCUCAGCACUAAGAAUAGCGAGCGUAGCCAGCUGCCGGUGAGCUGGAAAGGCAACGAAAAGAAAGGCUCCGGGUUCGACACGCUAGACAAGGCGCUGGUGGUCUGGCAAGACCCCAAGUGGGCGUCGGGCGUGGCCAAGAACCCGAACCCGCACCGGCGCGUCGACAUCAUCAUCAGCCCGUGGAAGACGGCUGGGUGCGCCGUUUUGGGAUGGUCGAGCGGCACGACGUUCCAGCGCGACUUGCGCAGAUACUGCAAGAAAGAGCGGGCGCUCAAGUUCGACAGCAGCGGCAUCCGGAGCCGCCUCGACGGGUCGUGGGUCGAUUUUGAGAGCGACCUCGACGGCCGGCCGGCGCCGGACAUGCUGACGGCCGAACGCCGAGUCUUUGCGGGCCUUGAGCUGGAAUGGCGGCCACCAGAGGAGCGGUGCACCAAUUAA